AGGUAGAUCACUUCAUUAUAAACGUCAGCAGAAUAUCUAUGCGGGCGGUCGGCCACCCGCUUAGCUGAUAUUGAUGCCCUCCAACCCCGACCCUCGGCCUACCUUCAACAAGCACAUCCUGUCCCUCCUGGACAAAUGCGCCAAUCUCAAUCAUCUCAAGCAACUCCAAGCCUUCCUCAUCGCCACCGGCCAUGGCCAGACUCAAUUCUACUCCUUCAAGCUCGUCCGCUUCUGCGCCCUCGUCCUCGCCGACCUCCGCUACGCCCGUCUCAUCUUCGACAGCCUCCAACUCCCCAACGUCUACCUUUACACCGCUAUGCUCACCGCCUACUCCUCCCAUUCCGACUCCGCCUCCGCCUCCGCCUCCGCCUCCGCCCUCCACCUAUUCAACCUCAUGCUCCGCCGCGCCCGCUCUCGCCCCAACGAAUUCAUCUACCCCCAUGUCUUGAAAGCUUGCUCGGAUUCCUCUAGUCUUGGUUUGGUUAGAUCGGUGCAUUCACGUAUUCUGAAAACCGGUUUCGAUGGUUACACCGUGGUACAGACCUCUCUCCUCGAUGCGUACUCUAGAUUCUCGGAUCUUUACACUGCAAGACUUCUGUUUGAUGAAUUGCCUGAGAGAAAUGUGGUUUCUUGGACCGCUUUGAUUUCCGGGUACGGGCGGGUUGGGAAGAUCGGCAAUGCCAUUGCGUUAUUCGAGGAGAUGCCUGAGAGGGAUGUGCCAUCGUGGAAUGCGGUGAUAGCUGGGUGCACCCAGAACGGGCUCUUCUCUGAGGCGGUCUCGCUGUUUGCGAGAAUGGUUUUGGAGGGCGCCCGGCCGAAUCAGACAACUGUGUCGUGCUUGCUCUCGGCUUGUGGCCACCUUGGAAUGCUCCGGCUUGGGAAAUGGGUGCAUGGGUAUAUCUUCAAGAGCCAUAUGGGUCAUAGUCCCUUUGUCUCAAAUGCACUGAUUGAUAUGUAUGGGAAAUGCGGGAGCUUGAAGGAAGCGAGAUGGAUCUUCAGUAUGUUGACUGACAAAAGUUUGACAGCAUGGAAUUCUAUGAUCAAUUGUCUUGCGCUUCAUGGGCGUUGUGAGAGUGCGAUUGCGACAUUUAAGGAGAUGGAGCUUGAGGUCAUCAAGCCCGAUGAGGUCACAUUUGUGGGGCUUUUGAAUGCUUGUACCCAUGGGGGAUUGGUCGAUGAAGGACUCGCUUAUUUCAAGUCCAUGAGCCAGGACUACCAGAUUGAACCCCAGAUCGAGCAUUAUGGGUGUGUCAUUGACCUCCUUUGUAGGGCUGGAAGAUUUGAAGAUGCAAUGGAGAUUUUGAGGGGGAUGAGAAUCGAGCCUGAUGAAGUUGUGUGGGGAUCCUUGCUCAAUGGCUGUCGAGUUUAUGGGAAUACAGAGUUAGCAGAAUUGGCAGUUAGGAAGCUGCUGGAGAUAGACCCGAAUAAUGUUGAUUAUGGUGUUAUGUUGGCAAACUUAUACAGUGAAUGUGGUAAAUGGGGAGAGGUGGGGAAUGUCAGGAAGAUGUUGAAGGAGUGGGGAGGGAAGAAGUUGCCUGGAUGCAGUUGGAUUGAGGUGGAUAGCAAAGUUCACCGGUUUUAUUCUGGUGAUAAGCUCCAUCCUGAAGCCGAGGAGAUUUAUAAGGUCCUAGAAUUGUUGGUUGGAUUGAUGGAAGCAUGAGGAGAUGUGAAAAUAUUGGAUCAAUGUAUUUUUCUUCAGUGCCUAAAGUCAGGACCUUGUAGAACCAGAUUUAACUGCUUGGUAUCAGCUCAAGUUACAAUUUUGUGAUCUAUAUCUCCAGUUGCCUUACAGUCUGAUAAGCACAUCUGGAUCUGAAAUUGGGAAAGGCGACAAAGGCCUUUUGAGUUUCUUUGUGGAAAUUAGAAGCCACUAAAAUUUACGCACCAGGUGAUUUAUUUAUCUGCUAAUAUGUUUUUUCAGAACAUUUAUCUGCUAAUAUUAAAUGCCUUCUUGAAGUGUUAUGGGCCUUCUACCUUCUUUUGCUUGCAAUCUUCAUAUUAUAGUGCUCUGGUGUACAAACAAGACGGAGGAACCGAUUUGAACACCUCUAGAUAUGUUAAUCAUCGAAAUUUUCCUCUAGAAAUCAUCAGCUUUACAUUUUUCCGCUUUACCAUUGAAUAUCUUUUGAUAAGUAUAUGAAGCAAGGCGUAUGCAAUGAGUCCUGAGACCUUUAAUCCAAUGAAGUUUUGUCUGUGUGUAAAUCCAAAAGUACAUGAGUAAUCAUUGUGCUUGGCAACGAACCAGACAAUCUCCAGAAUAAAUCUGAUCACAAGUAACAAUGGUGAACACUUGCAGGUACAAUCUUAUUAAGAUCUAUUGAUCAUUCCAUAAGUUAUUGAUUAUUUUGCAGUUUUAUAUCUGGUUAUUUAGGAUGUUUUGAUGAGUGCAUUUUGGGUUGCUCAACCCUAUUGACUCUGCAGCAAUUCAAAACGAUGUUAACAUUUUUGGUGCUAGGGCCACAAACCAGACAAUCCUUGCCAUCUUUAACAUUCCUGGUUGAAAUUUUAGAGAUUCAGUUCAUAGCAUUCAAAAGGCUGAUACAGCUGAUAUCUGUUGCUGGUUUUGGCAGGGUCUGUUUUUGAAGGAGCUGGUUUUGGAAGGGUCAUCGGUACAAAAUAGGUCAGGUAUUAAGGCGGCACUGUGCUGUAGCCUCUUAUAUGCGGCAAUAACAAAAAUGUACUUGUUGAUGGAGUAUCAACAUAAUUUGGGAUGUGGAAGCUGUCUCUAGAAUUUGUCAAUCUUAGCACUUCCAUUGAGACUAUUUCUCCCUUUUAUGAUCCUUUAAUUUAAUCUCUACCCCACCCUUCCUUUUCUGUGACAUGAUAUGUCAUGAAUCUCUAAA